AUGCCGCCGGAUAAAUACUUUUUUCAGGAGGGAUCGAACCAAUUCAGUUGUAUCCUCUGUCGUGGAAAGAGCACCAGCAACCAAAAGAAGCAUGCACGCGGCCAACGACAUCUAAACCUUGUGCGAUUGGAUGAAGAGCGUAUUGAGAGACAACAAGAGAGGAUCAAUGUGAAUGAGACUUUAAACCAACAAGAGUCAAACCGGCCACGGAUCGAUAUAGAACCUAUAUGCGACGACCCCGUUUGUUCCGAUGAGCAAGUUGAACCUCUAGUGAAUGAAACCGAUGAUGAAAGCGAUGUGGUUCCAAUCAGUUUGUUUGAAGAUGGCGAGAGUGAACAUGAGGAGGAAGAGCUGGACUGGUUGAACUUACUCGGUGUUGCAAUUGAUCAGAUUGAUGAUGAACCGGCCGACUCCUUUGAUGGACUUCUAGUACCUGCUUUCCAACGUGACCUGGCCGAAAUUGAGGAGAUUAUGACAGUUGACUCUGCGUGGUUCCCAUUUGUAAACAAGGACUAUCUUAUUGGAUCCUUAUUUGUGGGAUACUUGCACAAGAUCAUCUCUCGAGAUCUAUAUCAUCAAAUUCAAAGCAUACUCACAUUGCACCAUAUCCAUCUGCCAGGAUGGGAGACAUUAAGGAGGACACGUCAGAAGAUACGUCUCAUGAGUCACCACUCUCUGGUCGAAAAGGAAUCCCUAUUUGGCCAGCCAAUGUUUGCGCUGGAUGCUAGAGAGAUAAUUUCAGAUGAUUUAAGGAAUCCCUUGGUCGCCCCCCACUUGGAUUUCCUGCCGGAAGAUGCACAUGGAAAAGGCAUAUUCAAGACUUCACAGUCAGCAAAGUGGCUCAAACAUCUUGCACCAGAUAUACGUGUACAAAUGGUGGCUUAUAACAAGAAACACUACUAUACUUAUGAGCCGGUCCAACUCAAGAAUGACGAUAUCAUUAUUCCGAUAUUUUUCUACACACUUCAAUCUAACACCUUUGCAAAAUGCUACAAACCACAAAUUACAUCAAACCGGCACGACUCUACGGUGAAGAUAGCUAUUGCCAGUGAUAUCUUAUAUGAUGAUCCUGAUUUACAAGAAAUUAACUUGGACGAUUUUGAUCUUCUCUAUUCUGAAAUCAUUUCAAGUGAUGGUCUAAAACUAUUGGAAUACUGUGGGAACUUGCUUUAUGGUAAGAAAUAUGCUUUGUAUUAA